AUGUCUUCAAAUUUUGAAGCCUACGAACAGGACUUUGGAACCCUGACAGCAGAAAUAACCAACAAAAUUGGAAGGAUUCCCAAAUUAGGUGGAGGUAAACCACGUUAAUCUCUAUUAGUUUGCCAACGAAUGACUUCUGUCAUGUCAACAAAUUAAUAAUGCAGCUAGCUAGCUAGCUAGUUUCACAUGACACAUAUUUUACACAAAUGUCAUCAUAUUCACUGCCGAAUAUUUAGCGAACUAAAACAAUUCCACUAGCUUUGUGCUUUGUGUUAGUGAAAUAACGACGUUACCUAUCCAACUAGCUAUUUAGUUAGUCAGCUAUCUAACUAACUAUCAAAGAGCCAUCAAUAGGACUUGAGCAUUCAGAUGCUGUGCUGACAAGUACACAGCAGUUUAAUUCUACAUUUAAGGUGAUAUGUUCCUGAAGGGAGAUUGAAUCCUGGUGCAAUGACCAUAGGUUGUCCUGCUCCUAGGAUUGGUACUUCUUUCAAUUAUGUAGCUAGGCUAAACAUGAUUGGAUUGGACUUUUAAACGAAUAUUUAGUUUUAGCUAAACUAAAUAUAGUAAAGUAAAACUAGACUUUAUUCAUAUCUAGAACAUGAUGUGGACUGCAUUGAAAACUAAAUUGAUUGUCUUGUUUGUUUGUGAAGAUGUAGGCUUUAGUGGGACUGAAUUGUUGAGUCAAGCCACUUAUGUGCACUGGAUGUACAGUAAACCUAAUCCAUCAUUUCAUUGUUCCACUUCUACAGUAGGCCUACAUCUAAGAAACUAGAUGAAAUUGCCCCUCCUCCCUACAGUUAUUCCACCUCAAAAAGCACAAGAAAGAGAUUUCGACCCCCACCAUCUCAGAUUGUUCUGAAAUCGUUUCUGUAGUUAGAAACGGAUAAGAUUAGCAUUCCUAAAAGCAUUAUUUUGUUGAAAUAUAAUUUGAUCUCUGAGAAAUUAUGCUGAUUGAUUGCACCCAAAUUGUCCAUUUUAAUUUAUAGGAUUAAUAUAAUCUUCAAUAAAUAUAGUACCUAACAUCUGAUUUGGACCAUAAUUCUUCCUAACAAUGAGUAAGACGAGGAAUCCAAUACAAGUAUCAAAAGCCACCCACGGACCCCCCACACCACACUAGAGAUAAAUAGUUAUGGCGUCUUUUUAGGCAGUAGCUCCGCCAUGGUUCGUUGGACAAAGCCUAUGGGAAUAUGAAUGGAGUUUUUGUAGGGUUUUUGGAUAAAUGCAGAAAAUAAGCUCUGUGGUAAACACAGGCUUAGGAGAUCCUAUAAGUUUUGUUCUAUGAGAUAAUCUUCAUUAGUUCAGGUUGCUUUUUGUGAAUUUAAUGCAUUUAUCUAAUUUAUAAAAUGCACAAAGGCUUCAUAAUUCAUGAAGGUCAUGUUAACUUACAGGUAUUAUCUCAUAGAACAAAACGUAUAAGAUCUCCUAAGCCUGUGUUAACCUCAGACCUUAUUUUGGGCGUUUAUCCCAAAACCCUAUUCUUUCCCCAUAGGGAUGGCUGAACGAACCAGAGGUAACUCAUUUCCGUUUUUUAUGACUACAAGCUGGCAAGCUCUAUUACCUUAAUUUCUCAGAGAUCAAAUACAGUUUCAACAAGGCAACAGUAAAUAUGUCAUCCACCACGAAUGAUGCAGCACCCUUGGGCCAAUUGGAAUAUCGUGUGUGAUUUAACACAUUUCAGUUAAUUACUAUUGCGCCCACCUAAUUUUAUAAAUGACAGAUCUCUAUAGCGAAGACGCAUCAUUCAUCCAAGUUUCGUCCAAAUCGGGCCAGUGCUGUCUGAGACAGAUCCACAGUCCCCUCCCUGAUUUCAUUGAUAUGAAUGUUCUUGCAUAUGUUAAGUCUUGACAGUGUUUGCAACAUGUGUACCAAAUUUAGUCACAAUACGAUAUCCUUGACUGAUUUAUAUGCAUUUAUGUGCCAGACCACGCCCACGUGAAUGCUUAUUGGUCAAUAGUGGCCAUGUUGUUUUAGGUACUAGUCUGGAAAAUAUUGCAUUGAGAGAACUUUAUCCAUAGAUGCCACAUAUCAAGUUUUGUGCAGCUCGAUCAUUCGGUGCCAGAAGAGUAUCGUUUUUAAGUGUUUUUUACAAAAUUCUAAAUGGCGGAUAAUCCAUCAUGGCGGACCUUAUGUGUCCCUGAGGCAAAUGUGUUCCUUGUGAGGAGAGGUACCUAUGUACUGAAUUUCAUGACUUUAGGUCAGACGGGGUGAGGGGUGUGACCUUUAAAAGUUAGCAUUUUCAAUCUCUUGUUAUAGCGCCACCAUCUGGCCAAUCAGUGUAAUUUUGUAAAUGCCUGAUCUGUAUGGCAAGACGCAUCAUUCAGCAAAGUUUUGUCAAAAUUGGGCCAGUGCUGUCUGCAAUAUCGCGUGGGACUUACGUACGUAGAGUUGAUUACUAUAGCGCCCCCUAACGUACUAAUGGACGGAGACAGAUCCACAGUCCACUCCCCGAUAACAUUGUGGGGGACAACAAAUUUCCACAGAAAAUUUUACUAAAACACAUUUACUUGAACAUUUCAGAUGCAAAGUUUGGUAACAGAAUGACAGUUUGUGCUGUUGGUGCUGUCAUUCUGUUACCAAACUUUGCAUCUGUACUGUAAUUCAAGUAAAUUUGUUUUUGUAAAAUGUUCUGUGGAUAUUAAGUUGUCCUUGUGUAUAGAGUUGUGUGGUUUAACUUUGCAAUCAUUUGUUUUUCUUUUGCAUACAUUUUAAAGUGAAAAAUACGAGUCUUAGCAUCAAUCUGUUAUCGUGGAAUUGCCCUUAUUCAUAGUUGUAUGCUAAUGUUCUUUAUUUAGAGCACAAAUAUUUAUUGUAAAUACUUCCUGGAGCUGAAGAGAUUAACCUGAAAUGUAGGUCCAGUAUUUGUGUCCUUGCAAGUGAACAAUUUUCUGACUUCUGUUGCAGAUAGCUGAUUAGUCUAUUUGUAGCAGGGAUGUCUUAUUCUUACGGGAUAUUUACACCUCCCUAGACGGCUUGUCCUCUGCCAGGGAUUAGCACGCCCCCCUCCAAAAGAAAAGCGAGGGCAACUCAAGUGGGCAGAGGGUGAAUGGGCCUAACAAGAGGACAUUUGGUAUCAGUGCAGUUAUGCAUGAGAUCUACUAGGGAUGACACGAAACACCUAUACGCAUUGAUCCCCAAUUCAAAUGCUUAAGAUACAAGUGCAUCGGUCUGCGGACCCCAAACCGAUCCAAAUGUAGCAUGCAUCGGUCAGAAAAUCGAUUCAAAUAUUUCAAAUUGCCGGUUCACAUUUUCUGUUGUUGCUCAUAUUACAUUAUUUCUUCUUUACGAAAAUACCUAAUAUUUUGUGACAACUGAUUCAUCCUCUCCUUCAGUGUCGAACUCAUGUAACUGUGUUGACAGUCAAAGAUCUACAAGUCAUUUUGCAUGCCUAACAACCCCAGGCAAUAUCAGUAGCCUAGUCAAACCGCGCACUCUGCCCAGCUUCGCAUGUUGACCAACGCAAGGUAGACGGCCUGUUCCUGAUCUUGCACAUCUGCGCGGCACUGUCAGCAUUCAAAUGCUAAAAUGGCUUGCGUGAUAUUAGGCUUUAUUAGUUGAGUGACAACCUAUGUAAUUUGUUAGCUUAUUGUUAUCUAUGCGCUGUUGAUAGUGGUGUUUUAUCGGAAUAAAAGUAAGCUCUCAUCUGUCUAUACCUGCUGAAUGGGGUUUACAAUAGAUUUUAUUUUCAUUGUUGAACUUCACCAUCAGCAAUAGUUUUGGGGGUAAUUUUUUAAUAUACAGGGUAAAGUCUAUUUCAUAACGAGGACAGCAAUCACUUUUGCGAGGCACACUGCAUGGCUGAAGCAAGAGGAGAAGAGAAGAUCACUCUGUAAAAACUUCCAAACGGUCAAAUACAUUAGAUUUUGAGAUGGGUUGAAAUCCAAAGUUGUGCUAUACACUGAGUGUACAAAACAUUAGGAACAUCUCUUUCCAUGACAGACUGACCAGGUGAAUCCAGGUGAAAGCUAUGAUCCCUUAUUGAUGUCACUUGUUAAAUCCACUAAAAUCAGUGUUGAUGAAGGGGAGGAGACAGGUUAAAGAAGUAUUUUUAAGCCUUGAGACAAUUGAGACACGGAUUGUGUAUGUGUGUCAUUCAGAGGGUGAAUGGGCAAGACAAAAUAUUUAAGUGCCUUUGAACAGGGUAUGGUAGUAGGUGCCAGGCGCACCGGUUUGAGUGUGUCAAGAACCGCAACACUGCUGGGUUUUUCACACUCAUCAGUUUCCUGUGUGUAUCAAGAAUGGUCCACCCAAGGACAUCCAGCCAACUCUACACAAUUGUGGGAAGUAUUGGAGUCAACAUGGGCCAGCAUCCCUGUGGAAUGAUUUCUGCACCGCAUAGUCCAUGCCCCGACAAAUUGAGGCUGUUCUGAGGGCAAAAGGGGGUGCACCGCAAUUUUAGGAAUAUAUUCAUUGGCCAUGUUUUAGCUAACUUGUAAACCUUUUUUUUUUUUUUUUUUACACAUUACUAGCUCAAACACUUAAUGUGCAAAAAUUACAAUUAAACAAGUGGGUGAUGGUGAUUUCAGAAUGAGAGUGAGGGGACAAAAAACAGACUACAUUUCCCCUCCUAAUCUGAUAGUGGUAGUGGGGUGGUAGAUGCCUAGUCUCCCUUAUGGCUCCGAUCAGGUGCCUACAUAGUAAAUACAUCAUAGACAUGCAUCACAUACACACACACACAUACACAUACACAAAGUCAGCUCAGACAGAUCCAGCUCAUAGAGGCCCAACUCAUGGGCUCCAUCAUCAUCAGAUUUUAAUUUAGAAUGGAAAAUGAAUGCGUUCAUGCAUCGAACUGACGCAGUGAAUCAUUUAAAACUAAAGCGUAUCUUUCCUGAAUGGUAUCGGAGCCAAUGUAUCUACGUACGUAUUGCAUUGGUUUCCCUAUAUGCAAGUAAAUUGUGGGCGGGGGAUAAUUUCUGGGAUGGUAAAACGUUUUUAGUGUACACUUAAACUACUAAAACCAGAUAUAAAGUAUGUAGAAAAGAUAAUGGAGAAAUAUUUUUAAAAAAGAGAAUCCUUUUAGGAAUUCUCUCCUAAAAGUAGGAUAACAGAGACUGUAGAGAGGCCCGAGAGCCUAACAUCAUGUAAUAUGUAAUAAUGUAAUAUGUCAUUUAGCAGACGCUUUUAUCCAAAGCGACUUAGUCAUGUGUGCAUACAUUUUUACGUAUGGGUGGUCCCGGGGAUCGACCAUGUAUCAUAACUGUGAAUAUACCUGUACUGGUCUCAUAGUUAAGUAAACACUUUAUUUGAAAACCAAAGGCUGUCUACAUAUUCACCGGGCACAGCCUGUUCACCCACUGAACAACAAACAAAAUAUCCAUCAGCUGGCAUUGUCUUCCUUUGCUCAGCUCAUAUUUGCUAAGUCUAUUGCUUGUUUAAUUUCCAACGCUGUGGCUCAUGGGAAUUCACAUCCGAUUUGAAAUGUCAUGGUUUGAAUUGGCUUCUUGACAGAAACAAUGCUUCUCUUCCACAGUGUAAUUUCACCACGUUUCCCACCACCCAGCAUGUUAAAAUAAGCCCACAUGAAUAUGAACAAAGGCGGAAGCCCAUCAUACCCAGCAGUCAUUGUUCAGUGUCCUCUGCUCCUAUCAGAACAGUUUGCACUUGAAUUUCAAUUCCGUUCCUACUAAUGAAGACAUUUCUUAUUUCCUUUUCUCCUCCCUCAAGUGCCUGAAUUGUGCCCAUCGGUUGACAGCCUUCAAUUUCAUACGAUGACAAUAGCUUCGACAAAAGCCUUUUGUCCCCAAUGUUGCUGCGUUUCCCGACGUCACAUAUGCACAAUCACUGAUAAUGGCUGUGGCACGCGAAGAAACGUCCUUGACAGUAUCUUGGCCAAGCCUUCAGCAUUCACGCGAGAAUCAAACGGAUAAUGUGUUUUUGUUUUGCUUUGUUACCUUCCAAAAAACUUGGGACUGAGGUUUGAAUAAGAAUACAAUGUAUUGCAAGGUCUCAUUCCAUUAAACAUUAAAUGCAUUUUUUUUCUCCUUAAGAGUGUUUAUGGAAAGCUGAAGGACUGUCAAUCACUGGCUAUUAAAUAUUGUGCAGAGGUACCGAGCUCAACUUUAUUUUAUUUUUUGUGGCCUGUUUACAAAACUCCUCGUCUGUCUGUCUGCGGUACUCCUAGUAAAUAGCCAUGCAUAUUUCAGGAUCAUCUUUCCCAGGCCAAUGCUGGAGAGGGCUACACCACCUCUCCUCGACGGGAAUCGCCUCUGGCUAUUUACUUGUGUAUCCUGUGAGGUUUUCAAAUUGGAUUUGUUGACUGGCAAAAGGCAAUGCAGACCCAAACAAUGAAGAUCUUCCCUUGGUUUUUGUACGGUUAUUUCCCUUUACUGAUAGGCUAGCCUUGUGGUUGGCUUUUGAACUGGAAGCUUCUGGUAGUCCGGGCUCUCGGCUACAUGUCAAUUGUUGAAAAUAUGUCUAAUUAGGCCUAUUAAACAAACAUUGGUCCACAGCAGGCUAGGUUUUUGUAAUGAUCCUUAGAUGUUGGUUUCAACUCUGGGCCGUCAAAGCAUAAUUUUACAUUUGAAAAAUAAAAUAUGAUAUGUCCAAAUUGGGAUGGAGAAUAUUAGGAGUAUUUAACUACAUUUCUGCUGUUGUUGCUGCUACUAGGGAUCAGUGUGAAUACUAGAGUACGCGAUUCAAGAUUUGCAUUCAAUUGCUGAAAAUCUAUUUUACAGGUUACAUUUAUAAUAACUGACAAUGUCGAACUUUAAGAUGUGUUGAAUGUUUUUUGAGUCGCUGUAGCUAUGUCAAACGCAGUGAGAAAUUUCAUUUUCAGUUUUGUAUCAGAACCAGUAAUUAGAACAACCUGUAAAGGUUUGCCUUCAGACCUGUUUCACACAUGAUCCGAGUACUCGAGUAGGCCUACUCAAAAUCAUUUAUUGGAGAGUACUAUUACUCGAACACAAACAUUCUUUCAAAUGCCCAUCCCUAGUUGCUACACAUAACAGAAUAAGUUCAGCCAGAAUUUAGAGCUCACGCAAUCAUUUACAGCGUUCCAUAAUGAACUCUUAUGGCCAAAUGAGCUUCAAGUCAUGAUUUGCAAUCGAAGCCAUUGGGUGAGCUUAAAGCAGCGUUUUAGUCAUUCUUAGUGGGACUCCGAGUUUAGAAAACCUGGCAACCUAGUAAAGCUGACAUUUCCUUUAGAGUUGGUACGAGGUGUCUCGUUGCUCCUCUAUAAAAGCCAACAAAGGCCUUUUACACGUGGAUAAAUAAGACACUUCAAAUGUGGAUCAGCAUGCGGAGAGUGUGUAAAUAUAUCUUCAAAUGCAUUCUGGUGUGUGUUUUCAAUCUCCCCGUUGCGGGGGAGUUGGGUUGUUGUCAUAAAGCACUGCUCCUCUGUCGACUGAUCAAUAUGUUUCUCCUGUUUCUCUUUCAGAGGAGAAGACACAGCUGGUUCUAAAUGUCGACAAACAGCUCGAAGAAGUCAGAGAGUUGGUACGUCUUUGAUCAGUAAUUUCCGCUCUUCCCAUUUUUUUACAAAAUAAUGAAUUUGGAAAAGGAAACAAGACAAUUUCACCGGUGCAUGAAGACAACGGCACCUGUGUCAUCCUAACGGUGACAUGACACACACACGCAUACUUCACAUGGUGGAAUGCUGCUCAGCACGAUAAUGGCGUAAUCACUUUAGCGACAAUUUGCUUUUAAGUGACACACCCGUGACACAAUUCAAGCUAUUAUUUGGAGGAGGAAGUGUUCACGUCAUGUUAAAAAAUUUAAGGAAGUGAACUAACGUGUAAAUUGUAGACAUAGUUGUCUUAUUAUGUCAUCUUGAUUAGGCUUCUCCAAAUCUACCUCAGAGAGUCUUGUCUCUCUCUACCUCUAAUGUACUCUACAUGACACUGUUGGGCCUCAACACUUCUUUAAAAUGAAGGCCUUUCAAAUUGUUUGAAUCUUAUUUAUUUACCAAACUGCCUUUCUGUCAUAACUUUUUUAAUCGUUGACGAAUGACACGAAGAAGAGCAGUCAAUGUGUCAGCAAAUCAACAUCUAAACAGAUUAAUGUUAAUGCUGCUGAAUUAGCUCAUGUUGAGAAGUUUUGCUAGCUUGAGAUUUCAGUUUAAUCUUCAGAAUCUCUUGUUGUUUUUCAGACUCCUACAAAUCCAAGUUGUGUGCUACACUAUUUUAGUAUCAUUUCAUUACAUCUAGCCUGGCUAAAUAUACAGUGCAUUCGGAAAUUAUUCAGACCACUUCCCUUUUUCCACAUUUUCCUACGUUACAGCCUUAUUCUAAAAUGGAUUAAAUAAAACAUUUUCCUCAUCAAUCUACACACAAUACCCCAUAAUGACAAAGCGAAAACAGGUUUUUAGACAUUUUUGCAAAUGUAUUAAAAAGAAAAAAAAGAAAUUCAGACCCUUUGCUAUGAGACUCGAAAUUGAGCUCAGGUGCAUCCUGUUUCUGUUGAUCAUCCUUGAGAUGUUUCUACAACUUGAUUGGAGUCCACCUGUGGUAAAUUCAAUUGAUUGGACAUGAUUUGGAAAGGCACACACCUGUCUAUAUAAGGUCCCACAAUUGACAGUGCAUGUCAGAGCAAAAACCAAGUCAUGAGGUCGAAGGAAUUGUCCGUAGAGCUCAGAGACAGGAUUGUGUCGAGGCACAGAUCUGGGGAAGGGUACCAAAACAUUUCGGCAGCAUUGAAGGUUCUCAAGAACACUGUGUCCUCCAUCAUUCUUAAAUGGAAGAAGUUUGGAACCACCAAGACUCUUCCUAGAGCUGGCUGCCCGGGCCAAACUGAGCAAUCGGAGGAGAAGGGCCCUGGUCAGGGUGGUGACCAAGAAACCGAUGGUCACUCUGACAGAGCUCCAGAGUUCCUCUGUGGAGAUGGGAGAACCUUCUGCGAAGGACAACCAUCUCUGCAGUACUCCACCAAUCAGGCCUUUAUGGUAGAGUGGUCAGACGGAAGCCACUCUUUAGUAAAAGGCACAUGACAGCCCACUAAAGGACUCUCAGACCAUGAGAAACAAGAUUCUCUGGUCUGAUGAAACCAAGACUGAACUCUUUGGACUGAAUGCCAAGCGUCACGUCUGGAGGAAACCUGGCAACAUCCCUAUGGCGAAGCAUGGUGGUGGCAACAUCAUGCUGUGGGGAUGUUUUUCAGCGGCAGUUACUGGGAGACUAGUCAGGAUCCAGGGAAAGAUGAACAGAGCAAAGUACAGAGAGAUCCUUGAUGAAAACCUGCUCCAGAGCGCUCAGGACCUCAGGCUGAGGCAAAGGUUCACCUUCCAACAGGACAACGACCCUAAGCACACAGCCAAUACAACGCAGGAGUGGCUUCAGGACAAGUCUCUGAAUGUCCUUGAGUGGCCCAGCCAGAGCCCGGACUUGAACCCGAUCGAACAUCUCUGGAGCGACCUGAAAAUAGCUGUGCAGUGACGCUCCCCAUCCAACCUGACAGAGCUUGAGAGGAUCUGCAGAGAAGAAUGGGAGAAACUCCCCAAAUACAUGUGUGCCAAACUUGAAGUGUCAUACCCAAGAAGACUCAAGGCUGUAAUCGCUGCCAAAGGUGCUUCAACAAAGUACUGGGUAAAGUGUCUGAAUACUUAGGUAAAUGUAAUAUUUCCAUUUUUUAUUUUUAAUAAAUUAGCAAAAAAUAAAAGAACCCUGUUUUUGCAUUGUCAUUAUGGGGUAUUGUGUGUAGAUUGAUGAGGGAAAAAAACUAUUUAAUCCAUUUUAGAAUAAAGCUGUAAUGUAACAACAUUUUGAAAAAGUCUAGGGGUCUGAAUAUUUUCAGCAUGCACUGUACAUUAAAUUCAACACUUUACAUAAUGUCCUUUAGUGUAAUCACUACAUACUAAACAGAUAUUGCGCACUUUACUGUUAAGUAAGUAGCCUAAGUUGAGUUUAACAACAAUCUUUCAUUGUAAAUCUGUUUUGACAUAUUUCCACAAUAAUUGUAGGCUACACAGCUAUAAUCACAUAGUUUAUACCUAUGUUCUAGCCAAUUUGGCCAAUAUAAUGUUAUUUGUUAUUUUUACAAUCAUUGAUUGGUGAAUUAACUGGUUGAUUGCUGGACCUAGAUGGAGCAGAUGGAUCUUGAGGUGCGUGAGCUCCCCAUCCAGAGCAGAGGC